UUUUGUGUUGUUGUUCAUCAGAUAUUUCUUCCAGAGAAAGUAGACAAUUAUAAAAAGAGCCUCUAGAUGAAGAAAUUCCAAUAUCGGAAAACGGCUGCUGACGGAUGAAAACAGAUAACUGUAGCAAUUCGCUGAGGCCAGAGGGCGCAUUAAAAACCAAGAGAAGACACUUCUUAUUUAACUUUUACGGAUUUUCAGAAACAGUUAACAGACAAUAUAGUUAACACACGGGAAUUUAAAUGUUUUUAAAACAAACAAAAAUUAAAAAGAAAUAAAAUAAAAAUAAUAAGUUCAAACUAUUUGAAAAGGAAUAAAAUUUUAGCAAGGAUUAAAAAAACAAAAACAAUGAAAGUUUAAAGUGAAAUGCUGCUUGUCAUGGAACUGUUUCUAAAUACAUGUGGAUAAUACACUGAUGAUAUUAAUUUAACGCAUUCAUUAAUAGUUUAUUUUGAAACCGAUAUCUUACAUUUGAGAAUAAAUAUCUUAAUAAUUAAUCGGAUAUCUUUUUUGUCAUUUAGUUGAAAAACCAUGAAAUAAAACAGUAUGGGUUGUGCAAACUCUUUACAAUAUAAGAAGAAUUCAUUAAAACACAUCAGUCCAAACAAAGACCCAAUUAAGACACGGAUAAUAUUUACUUUGAAAUGCAAUACAGACAUAACUCCAGUGGAAAGAAAAACGGUUCAGCAAACCUGGCCAACAUUGGCCAAAGACUUACAAGGUAACGGUUUACAGAUUUUUCUAAGAAUAUUUGAAAUAUCGCCGGAUGUCAAGAUCCUGUUCCAUGUUGAAAAUGUUCGGCAUUCACAACUUGCAAGAAAUGCCACAAUUAAGGCGCAUGGGAAACGUUUUAUUAAUGCCAUCGGUUCGGCUGUCGAUAGUUUAGAGGAAAUUGACAAGGAGGACAACAAACUAUGUGAAUUUCUAUUUACCCUUGGACAACAGCAUCAGAAUUACAAGGGAUUUAAACCAGAAUACUUUGAAAUAUUUUAUGAAGCGUUAAUGUGCCAGUGGGAACGCUGCAUGGGUGAUCGGUUCACGACGGAAGUAGCAAAUGCAUGGAGUCAUUUGUUUGUUUUCUUGAUGGAAAAGCUAAAAGAAGGAUAUUAUUCGCAUGAGGUAUCAUUUGAAGCUCACUUAAAAAAUCAAAAGCAUUACAGUUAACAUUGUGACAAAUAGCGUACAACAAAAUCUGUGAUAAGAAUGUUAAAAUAUUUUCAUGUUCUAGUGAAUUCGUUAUUAACGUUCUGGAAAUUUUACUCAGUCUGCUAAUAUAGCUGGUGAAAAUGUUUUGUAUAAAGUAGAAAUAGUUUAAAGAGAUUAAAUAUUUACAUAUUUGAUGAAGUAUGAUUAUUAUUCAUGACACGAAACAUUGUUGUAUGGUUAUUAUUUUGCGUAUAGAUAGAUAUGUAUGUUGAUUAAAAGAUGAGGGGAAAAAAGUGUUGUAUUGUUGUAAACCUUCCAAUAACAG